AUGGGGCCGCCGCCGCUCCGCCGCCGUCGGGUCCACGCCUUCCCGCCGCCGCUGCUGCUGCUGCUGCUCUGGCCGCCGGUGACACCCGGCGCCUUGUGCCCAAGCCCCGUGUCUGUGGAACACGCGGACAUCCACGUCAAGAGUUACCACGUGAGCUCCAGGGAGAGGUACGUGUGCAACUCCGGCUUCAAGCGCAAAGCCGGUACGUCCAGCCUGAUCGAGUGUGUGCUGAACGAGGCCACAAACACGGCCCAGUGGACAGCUCCCAGUCUGAAAUGCAUCCGAGACCCCGCCCUGACCCACCAGAGACCAGAGCCACCCUCCAUAGUAGUGACGACAAAGGUGACCCCCCGGCCAGAGAGACCCUCCCCUACAGGACGAGAAGCCACCACCCUCCCUCCCAAGUCAGACCCCACCGUUGCCAUGGAUACCGCUAUUGUGCCCGGCUCCCGGCUGCCCCCGCCCCCGCCGCCGCCUUCCCCAGGAACCACGGGGCCAGGCCGUGAGGAGCCCUCCCCGGCCCCACCCCAGCCCACAGCGGGGGCCCCGCACCCCCUGGCCACCUCCCACGGGACACCAGGUGUCCACGCACGCGGCCACGCAAAGGCCACCGUGGCCAUCUCCACAUCUGUGGCCGUGGCCUGCGGCGCGGGCGUGCUGCUGCUCCUGGUGUGGUGCAUCCGAUCGAGGCAAACUUCCCGGCCACCUGCUCCUGAAAUGGAACCCAUGGAGGUGAUGCCGUUGGCCGCGGGGACCGGCCACAGAGAGGGCGUGGGAGCCUCCCCACGCGACCUCUGA